GAUGCGAUAGUUGGGGCGUGACAGUAGAGAGUAGAGUAGAGUGGGACAUUUUUCGACACCAAUUUACCAAAUUUCCUCUGAUAAUGUUGGCUUCCAUGUUAAAGGAGCACCAAGCCAAACAGGCUACAAGGAAAGAGCAGCAAGAGAAGAGACGGAAGGAAGCAACCAUGGCAGCAAUCAAUGUGACAAAGGCAUUGGUUGGAAACGUCAACAACAGAGUGUCCAUGGCCUAUGUCAAUGAGAAACGUCUUGACGCGGAGGCUAGGCAGCUACAAGCCAACGCAGCACAGUUUGCCAAACAGAGCAUGCAGUGGCUAUCUCUCAUUGAGAACUUCAACACUGCACUCAAGGAACUCGGUGAUGUAGAGAACUGGGCAAAGAGCAUUGAAGUUGACAUGCACACGAUAUCAAGUGCCAUGGAGUAUGCACUCAAAGAUACCUGAUGAUGACUGCUUGUGUCUCUUUAUGGAAGCAACACCACGUAUUGUGUAUAUAGAGGUUAAUCACCGAGUACUUUAAAUACUGCUGUAAUUACUCCAUUAUUCCACUGUUCAAAAGGCCAGUCGCCUAUGUGCUGACAUGCCCGAGGUUAAAGAGGUUGUGGAAUGCUGACGUUUUGUUUUUUAUAUUUUUUUAUUGUAGAGUAGACCCAUAAUGACAA